AUGAUAGAACCCUCUGAAGACUCAUUUGAGACGAUGAUGGAGCGUAAGAAUCCAUCAUCAAAACAAAUGGAGUCCUCCGAGGGCUCGUUCGACCGCAGCGCGGGGACCUCCGGCGGCCCAGCCCAGGGGACAGAGGAGCCGCCCAGUGGCUCCCUCCAGGAGACAGAAGAGUUGCCCAGUGAUCUACUCCAAGACAUGGAGAAGACAUCCAGUGGCCCGCAUCACAACAUAGAGGAUCCACCCAAUGACCUACUCCAAGACACGGAGGAGUCAUGUGAUGGUGCACACGCGGAGACGGACGAGGAUGAGGCCGACGAGGACGAGGCUCCGUGCAGCCCACCCGGAGCCCAGGGAGGGGGCGAGUGCAGCACUGACCUGAUCCCAUUCAGGGUGCAGCAGCUCCCCGAGGACCAGGAGGUGGAGGCCAGCAUGCGCGCCCUGGUGUCUCUGUACAUCCGCGUGCAGGGCCUCAGAGAACAGCAAAGGGCCGCGGCAGAGCCCCCCAGGAACGGCUUCAGCCUGUACCCUCUGUCCUUCCCGGCGCCCUUCUCCGGCAACCGCCGGGAGUACCGCGAGUUCAUCUUGCUCUGCCAGCUGGUCCUACAGAGCCAUCCCCGGCUGUUCUCUGACAACCGGCUGCAUGUUGGGUACAUCGUCAGUCACCUCUUGGGCCUGGCCUUGGAGUGGAUCAAAGCCCUGCUGCAGUGUACCCGCUCCCUCAUGGGAGUCUUCCCAGGCUUCCUGGACGCCGUGUCGAACACGUUCGAGCACCGCCAGGCAGUGCGUCUGGCUGAGGAGGCCAUGUUCGCCAUCAGGCAGCGGAACCGGCCAGCCCUCGCCUACAUCACCGAGUUCCAGAGCCUGGUACCCACCUUGGGCUGGCCAGACGAAGUCCUGCAGGCCCACCUGUGCCAGGGCCUCAACGAGGACAUCAGGCAUUACCUGUUCCGGGUCCCCCAGCCGGACUCUCUGGAGAGCCUGAUCACGGUCAUCCUGCAGAUAGAAGAGAAGCUGGCCGAGCGGAGGGCGCUGCUCCGCCUGCCCCCCGAGUCCCGCCCGCGCAACUGGACCAGAUUCGACUCACCUUCUCCGGAGAGGUGGACGGUGAGCAGCUGGCCAACCGGCGACGUCCACCCUGACAUCGAUCGGGCCCACAUCUUCCUGCUGGUCAUGAUCAGGGUCAACCCCUACCACAGCAUCGCGGUGCGGGCGCUGGUGGACUCGGGCGCCAGCGGCAACUUCAUGGACGAGAGGUUUGCCCAAGAGCACUACGUGGCGCUCUACCGGAGGCCCUACCCCCAGGCGGCAUGGACCGUGGACGGCUCGCUCAUCGGCAGCGGGCCCGUCUGGCUGUACACCGAGCCCCUGGUGUGCAUCCAUCAGAACCACCAGGAGUCCCUCGAGUUCAACAUUGUGCCGUCCCCCAACUUCUCUGUGAUCUUAGGCACCGACUGGCUCCGGGUCCACACCCCCGAAGUGGACUGGGUCAAAGGCCGCUGCUCCUUCCACUCUCCCUACUGCCUGCAGAACUGCCUGCGCCCGCCCCCACCCUGCAUUGCGCUGGAGAGACACGGCCUGAGCCUGCUGCCCGGACUGCCGCCCCCUUACUCCGACCUGGCCGACGUGUUCAACCCGAGAGCAGCAGAUGAGGAGACUUCCGACCAGCCAAGCUCAGACGGAUCCGAUGAUCUUUCUGAAUCAGAGCCCUCUGAGCUUCAGCAGGCUGGAGACAGUGAUCACGGCGAGACGUUCUACGAGUGUCCCUCCACCGCGCCCUGGGGACCUGUGGGUGCUGGGAUGCAAGACAGAGCCAGGCUGCAGGAUGAAUGCUGGGACCCGCGAGACAUGCUGACCAACAGACAGGACUACGUACAGAUGAUUCCGGAACUGUUUGACCAGCUGCACGGAGCCGCAUGGUUCACGAAGCUGGAGCUGCGUGGGACCGUCGUGAGGGAAAGCACGAACAUACACCGCGCGGAGGACGUAUGGAGAGCAGCGUUCGGUUUCAAGCCCCAGGAGAUGGAGAGCUACCGGCCUUUCAAGCUAUCCCCAGACCCCGUCAUCCCUCAGCGCGUGAUUCACUUUAUCCUCAAGGACAUGCUGGGUUUCUUUGUGCUUUCCUACGGGCAGGACGUCCUGAUCUACUCCAUGAGCCGGGAGCAGCACCCCCAGCACGUCCGCGAGGUCCUGGUGCGCCUCCGGCACCACCACGUCUACUGUGCCCUGGACAGGAGCCAGUUCCACCAGCAGGCCAUGGAGUUCCUGGGCUUCGUCAUCACCCCCGAGGGGGUGAAGCUCAGCAAGAGCACCGUGGCCGCUGUCACGGGGUACCCCACCCCCAGCUCCAGGGGGGCCCUGCGGCACCUGAUCGACUUCACCUUCCCCUACCGGCACUUCGUGGCGCUGUUUAUGGGCAUCAUCGAGCCCCUGCUGCGGCAGCUGCUGGGCAGCCAGGGCUUCUCUUGGGGGGCGGAGGAGCAGGAGGCCUUCAAGUGCCUGAAGCGGGCUUUCCGCAAGGCACCCCUCCUGCGCCACCCGAGGCCCCAGGACCCCUUCUACCUGGAAGCCGACGUCACCAGGUCGGCCCUGCACGCCUCCCUGAUCCAAAUAGACAGGCGCACGGGCAAGAUGGUCCCGUGCGCCUUCUACUCGCGCCCCCUGGCCCCGACCGAGCUGACCGAGUCCUCCCGCCUGCAGCGGAGGGUCCUCCCCAUCUGGGCUGCCUUCACGGUGUGGCGUCGCUACCUGGAGAAUACCGAGGAGCCCAUCAUGAUCCGUCUCAAAACAGAGGAUCUGGCCUCUCUGAAUAAUGACAGGCUCACCGUACUUCUCCCCGGCCAUUGGGUCGUCUUCUUCUCCCACUUCCACUUCGACGUCGCGGAGCGGCCCGAGCGAGAGGGUGGCCGGCCCCAGCUGCCCACAGGAAGCCUCAACCCGGGCGCUCUCCGGCACGUCACUGACCCACGGGUGCAGGUGAUCUUAGCCACUGGGGGCUCCCUCCCCGAAUCCGAGGAGGAGGAGGACAACGACGAAGGCAUCCUGCCGCAGGGCGAGCCGCACGGGCCCAACGCCCAGCUGCAGCAACUGGCACGGCUACCGAUCCACCAGAUAUUGGACAGCUUCCUCUCACGCUUCAACCCCGAGCAGAUCAGGGAUGCCCCCCUGAGCUGCGCCCAAGACCUGCUGACCUGCAGGGACGCCCUGGCCCUGGCCACCUUCCUCCUGCUGCUGAAGCUGCAGCGGCACCUGCCCCUGCUGCUGCCCCCUGAGCCCAGAGCAGAGAGGACCCCGCCUCGACGCCCUCAGCGGCUCACCCUGGACACAGCGGGCAUCGCCAGGGGUGACUUCGCCGCAGCCAUCGCCCGGCUCCUUGCCCAGAUGCCCCCGCUCACGGGCACCACCGCCGCCCUGGCCGAGGAGAUAGCCGAGCUGCUCCUGGGCCCCAGCUGCUGGCGGCAGAGCGCCCUGCUCCCCGGGACCCGCCAGGGCCUGCAGCUCACCCCCAGGUUCUGGCUGAUGCUGCGCGAGCUCUGGGGUGUGGGCGUCACCCUCCGAGAAGGAGGCCGCUGGGCGCCGCCCGUGCCCCACCACCCGGCCCUGCACGGCGUUGGCGACGAGGACGUCGUCUCGCGGGAAGCCCUGCAAGACGACCUGCAACGUUACCAUCACUGUGGCCUGCAUGACGGCCUGCAAGACACCCCGCAGGACGCGCAGGACAACGGCGUGCCAGGGGCGCUGCCCGCCGAUGCCACCCGUGCCCUCCAACCCCGACGCCCCCGCGCCAGCCCCCAAAUCCUCGCCAUCGUCAAUGACCUCCUGCUCUACGUCCAUGGGGCCGAUGGGCAGCUGGACCUGCUCAACAGGGGGCGGGCAGCCAGGGCCACGGCUGACUUCCUGGGGGCGCUCCAGGCCCAGGCCACGCCAGGCUUUGUCUGGAUGCUGCAGCCUGGGCAGAUGGCGGAUGGAGCCAGCCCGGGAGAACGGCCCAACGACGACAAUGACAGCAGCAGAGACGCAGACCUCAACUGAAAGCUCCCACUUCUCGGGGAGCGGCCCCUGGACCCCUCCGCCCCCAAGCACCCCAGAACCGCGCUUCCACCUGCUUGGCUCGGACCCAGAGACCCCUUCCUGCUGCACCUGACCAAGGAGCCCCCUCCUGAAGGGCUACAAUUUCUCCAACUCAUCGUCCAUCCAGCAAUGUCAUCAGCACCAAUGGACCCUCGUUAAUCGGAGACCAGAGCAGCCUCAGUCUGCAGGCCCCAGGCCUCCGAUGGGGACCAAGACAAUGAGCAGAAAGCAGCGAUGAGCAGAUGGGACCCGCGACCCAGGCCAGGAGAGAAGCAGGAGGAAGGACGCAGCCAGGCAAGCAGGUGUGGUGGACGCCGC